GCAGUCGCAAGGAACGCCUAUCACUUCUUAACCUGACUCGUUCUCCUCACAACCCUAAAUUAGCUUAUCUCCUUCAAAAAAUAUAUUAUCUCGUUAAAAGAUGGCAAGGGUAAUCAUAAUUGUAUGGCUUAUCUUGGUAAUAGUCAAGCAGUUUGCAUACUCCAAAAAGAAGAAAGCCGAGCUAGAGAUCAUCACAGAGUACAGACCAGGUAAUUGUCAAGGGGAAGCACAGACUGGAGACAUAGUAGCUGUACAUUACACUGGGUCAUUAGAGAAUGGGAGAAUGUUUGAUUCAUCUGUGCACCAGGGAAGAAAACCAAUUGAGUUUGAGCUUGGAAAAGGCAGAGUUAUUAAAGGAUGGGAGGAAGGCAUCAAAGGAAUGUGUAUUGGUGAGAAGAGGAAACUGAUCAUACCCCCACACCUCGGGUAUGGAGCAAAUGGAGUUGAUAAUGUCAUCCCACCAAAUGCAUUUCUGAUCUUCACAACUGAGCUCAUCACAAUAAAGAAGAAACCUUUUCUAGACCUGGGGGUCCUCGUACAAAUAGGAACAUGGCCAGCAAUUGGUCUAAUCCUUAUCUACGUACUUUACAAGCGUGCAAAAGAGCAAAGUCAACAACAGACUAAACAAGGGACGAAGAAAAGCAAGAGGAAAUAGCGUCCUGCUGCAGA